AGAACGUGUGACUCUGUGCAGGUUUCGCCAAGCAUCUGUUUUUGGUGUUCCCAUUUCGUUCACUCUCGUCAGUCUCGACUCUAGCUGUCGUGACCUGAGCUUUGCAGAGUUUGUCUUGUUUUCUAUCCACUUCGGCAACUGACGCUGCCCGGUUGCAGUGGCCGGAGUAAAUUGUCGUACGCAGCAUCUUUGGCGAUUUGACUUGUGUCAUUUUGCCCGCCGUUGCAGCUGUCGCGGUUGUCCCUCUACUUGGUGGCAUUUCAAGUUUUCUCGUACACGGCGAUUUGCUUUUGGAGUGUUGGACGCAAAGGAGGGUGUGGAUUCUGAGAGCCUGAUGGCGACAUGGCCUCAGUAAACUUGUUCAGCUUUAUUAGUCGCUGUAAAUAGUGGUAUGCUGUGCUACAUCGCUGGACUGGGUUAGCCAAUUUGCCCCCAUUCUCUUGAAAGAAUGGGAAACUGCUGUUCUUCUGCCGAGGUCGACAUUGACUUCAAUGCCGAAGUCAGCUUCGACCACUUUCGCGUGCUGCGGUCUAUUGGCCGAGGUGCAUUUGGAAAGGUGUGUAUAGUUGAGCGGCGCGACACAAACACGCAGUUUGCCAUGAAAUACAUCAACAAGAAGAACUGCAUCGACUCGAAGAGUGGCACGAACACGUUGCGCGAGCAGGAGAUUCUGGCUUACCUCGACGGCACAUGCCCAUUCAUCGUCAACCUGUGGUAUGCAUUUCAAGAUCCGGAGGAUCUCUUUUUCGUCGUUGAUUACAUGGCCGGUGGUGACCUGUCGUUCCACUUGCGCCAGGCGUCGUUUGAUGAGACUCGCAUGCGACUCUACUGCUGUGAAGUUGGUAUGGCGCUAUCCUACUUGCAUGAAAACCGUAUUAUCCAUAGAGACAUAAAACCAGAGAAUAUCCUCUUAGAAUCAACAGGUCAUGUUCGACUGACCGAUUUCAAUGUAGCUUUCAAGUAUUCAAGUUCUAGUAACUCAAAGCCCAGAGCGCUUGCGGGGACACGUCCGUAUAUGGCCCCGGAGAUGUUGGUGGGUGCUGGUAAAAGCGCGUAUACGCCUGCGGUGGACUGGUGGAGUCUGGGGAUCAGCAUGUAUGAGUGUGUUGUUGGCAAGCUUCCGUAUCACUUUCAGCAGAACGCCACGGAGCAGGAGCUGCGCGAGUACUUCCGCUCGUGCAAAGUGGCGUAUCCGCAAAGCCUGACCAAGGAGUGCUGCCACGCUCUUCAGCAGUUCUUGCGGAUGACAGUCUCCCGGCGUGUGCAGAGCCUUGACAUGAUGAAAGAGCUGGACUUCUUCAAGGACAUUGACUUUGCUGCGGUCGGCAGGUGUGAAGUGCAACCGUCCUUCACGCCACAGGCAAAUUUGAUGAACUGUGAUCCUAUGCACGAAUUGGAAGAGAUGAUUGUGGAACCUCAGCCGCUUCACAAGAAGAAGAAGAGAAUGAAGAAGCGCACCGAGGAGGAGGAAGCUGCCAUUGGCGACGAUCUUAGAACGUUAGAACAAAAAUUCUUCACGUUCGACCGUCUCAAAGGUGGUCGUCAGGGAAGUGAAUCUGGUGAGGAUGUCGAGCACGUUCCAGCCUCCUCCAAGCCAAGCUCAACGGAGUGUACCGACGGUGUUGGUGUUGCUGCCAGGAAUACUGUGUCACUACACUCCAUCGAGCCACAAGAGCUAUCAAAUCGCACCUCUGCGCCACUGGAGCUGGGUGCGGAAGACAGUGCUAGCCGUGUUGUUUCUGUUGUCAACGAGGAGGCCAACUCGCCCACUUCUGCUGAUUCCGACACUCCUCCUGGCGGUCCUGUUGCUACACCUGCUGUUGUUUCAUCGGAGUUGCAGCGUGGUGAUGAUGAUGAGGACGAUGAGGAUGCUGAGGUCAGUAGCUCCAAGCGGCUCAUUAGCGUAUCCGAAAGUGCUGCUGAAAUCCAGUCUAUGCCCCAAGUGGUGACAGAGGGAGCUGACAAAGCAACUGCUGCCGCUUGUCAGGAUGAUGGCUCCACCACAGUCUCUGUGCCGGAGGUAAAGACAGAGAGUAUAGGAGAUGGUGGCGAACCGGUUGUGGCAGUUGGAGAGAGCGAUAGCAUACUGGACACGGAGUCAGCAGCCGCCGCAUCUGCCAACGGCCAAAAGCGAACCUCACUGCAGGCCGAGCUACCUCAGUACAGAAAGAUGGCGUCGCAUUCUGAGUCGUCCAUGAUCCCGCUGGUCGAUACGGCCGAGUUUGGCACAUCCAUGGACAGUGUAGGAGAUGUACUGCCUAGCUCUGUGACUGAGGAGGUUUCUGUGCCAGCUGCCACCUCGCCUGGCCUUACAGGCGAAUCGAGUAUAUUUGAUGAGGGGGCUACUCCGCAACCCGUUGGUGCUGAUCAAUUGACGGCAUCUGCGGCAGCCACGUCUGAAGCCCCUGUACCAAUGGAAUCUGAGACUGUACUCAAUGCUGAGACUGUACUCAAGCCGGAAGAUCAGCCGGCGUCUGAAACGGAAACCCAAGCCGCGGCUGAGCCGGGCAACGAGCUUGAAGAUGGUCAAGCUAAAGUACAAGUGUGUUCUGAAUCUGUUACUGGUGAUACUGCUGAUGCUGCCCUUCCACCCCAGCAAUCGUCCGUGUGAGAUUGAGCGGCACAGUUAGUACCUUGCCUUGCUUGCCGCCCAAGUGUAGAGUUUUGUUAUGUGUGGACUAGUUCUUUGGCCACUUGCUAUUGGACUUGAGUCGAUUGGAGUUUGACAAAGGUUCAUAGCCUAUUUCGUGUGCCGAGACCUGAGACAUGUCGGUUACAUUUGCAGUGUCGAUGUGCCUUUUUUUAUGCUGCACCCUAUCUGUAGGUUGUUGCAACUGCCGCCACUGCCUUUUAGUCUAGCGUUCUUAUUUUGCUUUCAGCACACUCAACCUUUGACUGACACCAUACAAUUUCGGAGUGCUUUACUUUUCAGUUUUUUGAGCUAUUGUUGAGAACACGGUCAUCUUCUACUUCUGCCUGUUUUUCUUUUCUUUUUUUCUUUUCUUUUCUUUUUCUUUUAGCCAGCUAGUUCUUUCCCUUCAUGUCUGUCGAACAUCUUUCCAUGUCCCCAGUAUUGUCGCUGUCUAGUUUUUAAAUGCGCGUCGUUGUUUUGUUGUGAUUAUUUAGCUAACACCACUUGAGAUCUAUCGACGACAUCUUGGUGUUGCUAUUCAGUCAAUCUUGCGGCUGUUCCUAUUGCCGCCGCUGCCGCUCCUUCUUGCUUUCAUUCCGUCUUACUUGCUGUCCCGUGUGUGAUUUUGAUAUGGCUUGACCGCUACUACCCAUACCAGUGUCCACACUAGGAUUCUGUUCCCUCCCUUUUCUUGUUGCUUCAUCAAUCAUCAUCAUCAUCAACAUGCCGUGCACAUCGUCGCUACUUAUUGUUACCUCCGCUCGAGUUGCAAACCUGCUUCUUCCGGGUCCGUACCUUUUUUUCUUUUCCUUUGCUGGGUAUCCACCACCGCGUCCCUUUCUUGAACUCCGGCAUUAUGACGCAUGUGUACAUAGUAACUAACUUUAAGAGCAACAUUGUCAUACCUCGGUAAUACUGUAAUAGAUCUCACUUUCCAUCGACUUUUGAUUCUGAGCCAUUUUUUGCUGAGCAUAUUCCGCACCCUGGAUGUGCCUGUCCGCAAUCUCUCUCUCUCUCUCUCUCUCUCUCUCUCUCUCUCUCUCUCUCUCUCUCUCUCUCUCUCUCUCUCUUUCGCUUUCUCUGUUGUCCGAAUCCAGUCUUUCUUGUUGACAGCAUAUUAAUUUUUGUUGUUUGAAGAAAAUGAUUUAUUUCAGUGGUUUAAAACUGGUUUCUGCUGCUUUUAAA